UCGACACGGAUUGCCAUAUCCAAAAAUAGAAUAGAAUAAAAAUGACGAGCUACAGAAUUUACGUUCAGUGAAAAAAAUAAUAUAAAAUUAAUUGUGUGUUUAUCACAAUGACUGUUUGGCGUAAACUCGAAGAUGGAGAAGUGUACGCCGUUGCCAUUUACAACUAUACGGCCAAACCCGGCUCCUUGCAUCUGUCGUUCGACGUCGGCGAACUCUUGCACAUCGAGAGGGAGACGGAACACUGGUACUGGGGCAAAAUACUCAAGAAAGACGAGAGUGGAGCCUUUCCUAAGAGCUAUGUGCAGAUAAGGGACUGUGUGGUUGACAGAUGCGGCGGCACGGUGGUCGCCUCAGCUGGCGGCAAAGGCGUGGUUCACGAUAUAGCUGUGACUCUCCGCGAAUGGUUACAGCAUUGCAAGGAACUUUACGUCAAUAACGAUGAGCGUCUCAAGUUCAUGGAGGUGAGCAUGCGAGCUCUCCUCCAGCUGCGAGCUCAAGCGGCGUCUGGAGCGCUACCUCAAGACCAGCUGCGCAGAGUUGCUAGGACUGCUGUAUUCACUAUCGAUAAGGGGAACAGAGCCUUAGGUAUGGAGUUAGCAGUGAGAACAGCGAACGGUCAACUCGUUGAUCCUCUAAAGGUGUCCACAUACAAAUUGAAUGCACUUCACGAUGAUGCUAAUACUCGUAUUGAGAAGAAUAUGGAAACAACACCAGUAACGCCCCCACCGGCCGCCCCACCAGUAGCCCGAACAUACACGAUCGCAGUUCGCGUUCACAACUUCGUGUGUCGUAUGACGGAGCCGGCGGAACUAGCUCUGGCUCUAUACGACGUGUCCGGCGCUAAGCUCACUGAACAUCUGCUGCUGAGGUGGCCUACCAACCAUAUGAGUCCUGCUUCAGUUGUGUUCACCGAUUUUGGUAGUGACAUUAUGAAGAGUGAAAAAAUAUAUUUGGUGGCAAAUAUUGUUCGGAUAGGAUCUAUGGAUGCCCAGAAUAUAGAUCAUAGACGCAGUUCGGUAGCCCAAACGCCUCCGGUGUCAUCGUCGGGUCGGAUCAUGCGGCGUCCCUUCGGCGUCGCCUGCGCAGAUAUCAAGAGAUUCGUCACCGUUGAUGCUUCCGACAAACAUAUACAAGUGCCUUUUUAUGCAUAUGAAAAGGAGAAUCUGGACUCGUUAUUGAAGAAAGUGAUAGCUAACCGUGAUCUCAAAGACGCAAAGCAUUCACAAGGACUGUGGGUGUCUGUCAGACUCGUUGAAGGUGAUUUGAAACAGAUACGCGAAGAAAAUCCCCACCUCGUAGUAGGAAACACAGCUGUAGCCCGUAAGAUGGGUUUCCCCGAAGUGAUACUGCCGGGCGACGCUCGAAACGACCUGUAUGUGACCGUGUGCGGGGGGUCAUUCUCUAAGGGAGGGGGGAAAUCUUCGGAGAGAAACAUUGAGCUGGUGGCCAGGGUUGUGGAUAAGCAUGGACGGACUUUACCUGGCGUAAUAUCCGUCGGUGCUGGAGUGCCAUUAGCAAAUGAAUACACGUCCGUGGUAUAUUAUCACGAUGAUCGACCAAGAUGGCAAGAAGUCUUCAAGGUAUGCCUAAACAUAGAAGAAUUUAAAGAAGCUCACCUAGUAUUCCUCUGCCGCCAUCGUUCGUCGAACGAGGCUAAAGACCGAGCGGAGAGACACUUCGCUCUCUCAUACUUACGUCUCAUGCAACGAGAGGGCACCACUACUCCCGAUACACAGCAUAAUUUGUGUGUUUAUAAGAUCGACAAACGUUCAACGGGCGGUGACAUAGAAGCAGAAGCUUGUGCCAGCUGUCUCCGCUUACCAGCCGAGCGAAGUGAACUGCCGGCCGGCGCCGAACACGGCCUAGCCCGGGGUGUACUGACUCUCGUGCAUAGAGAUAGUCUCACUGUACACACUAAGCUGUGCUCUACUAAGUUGACACAGAGAGAGGAAAUCUUAGGAGUAUUGAAAUGGAAUGCACAUUACGCGGAAGGUACCCUAAGAAAUGCGCUGUCUCAACUCCUAGUCGUGCCCAGUGAAGAAUUGGUCAAGUUCCUCCAAGAUAUACUUGACGCUUUAUUCAGUAUACUUACACAGGUACAAGAAGAUCACAAAGACAACGAAUACACAAACAACAGCUAUGGAGUUCUAGUACUAGAAUGUUUACUUCGAGUCAUAUCGUUAGUAGCUGACCACAAGUACCAACAUUUCCAACCAGUAUUACACGUUUAUAUUGAUGAUAGCUUCUGCGAUGCUCUGGCUUACGAGAAAUUAAUAUCAGUGAUGGUUUGGGUAAUAUCGACCGCGGACGCAGGCGAUGCGGCUUUGAAGCGUCUUUUAAUGUGUAUGAAGUGCAUAGAGAGCCUAAUUAGACUUAUUGUGAGAAGUCGACAAUUACGAAGUGCAUUGGGAGACAGAGCUUCUGAUCACGACUUCUAUUGUCUGUUUGAGGAUCUUUUAGAAAAGUUAGUAUGGCUAAUGCGUUGCGGAGAUCACGCUCUGACGUGCCAAGGAUCUGCGCUCAAAUACCUCCCGCAUGCGGUACCGCAUAUCAUCAAAGUGUAUCCAGAUAAUGAACUCAGCGCCUAUAUAGUGCGAGCACUAGAAGCGUUACCCCUAGGCCGUCUCAGCAAACAACGGAUGUUGGCUUUACUGGAAUUGGUCCGCGGUCCCCUCUGCGCUCAGCCGUCGGCCAGAGCUCUACUGUUGCCACAUCUAGCGGCUACCACGAGAUCCUUGUUGCAUACACAGGCUGAGUGGGAUCGCGAAGCUGCCCACAAGUCGCGUUCGGUCGGCAAGGCGGCGCGACUUCUCGGCGCAGAUACGGCGAGGCUACACGACCACACGCACCAUCAGCAGAUCGUGGAGCUUUGCGUGGAAACAUUGGGCGAAGUGACAACACUUCUCGCACGUGAUGACGUAGGGCCCGUCGAUGCCGACCGCGGCGAGUUGGCCAGAAGAUUGCUGCCCACAGUACUGAAGACUGCUGAAACGAUGCUCAUGAAUCGUAAGAGUGAAGGCCAUACGAAUAGUGCUGAUGAUGCUUUGUUGAGACGAAUAGUAUCAGUCCUCUUAGACAUGGUACGCCAGAUGUCAGAACACCAAUACCUGAUGGUAGUCAGGGCUCUAGAAGCGGAGAACCUUGGCGGUCCUGGCACAUUGGUCAGUGACUGUCUGUCUUUGUUCCUGGCAGUGCUGAGAAGACCUGUCUUCAGACCUCAUUGGGCUGAUAUGCUGCAUUUGCAGCAUUAUGUUAUGCUGCAUGCUUUGAGACUACUAGCCAUCACUCUUCGCGACCGUCUCCACGCGGCCGACGAAUCUGAUUCCGAAACACUGACCGGCAUACAUUCACUUUGUCGAACAUGGUUCGAAGCUGGCGCCGCGCUCGCUACGUCAUCACCUCUCCAGUUGGAAACAUUACCAGCGGCGAGGAAACAAAGACUCAGUGCUUUGUACGGCGAUGUCAGACGAGGGGUCGCUGAGUGCCUUAGCGAGAUGUGGUUCAGUUUGGAUCAUCACAAGCGUUCAUUCAUUCCGUGCAUAGUGGGACCUUUCUUGGAAGUCUCCUUCCUUAGAGACGAAGAAGUUCGGAAUACGACAAUACCGCUGUUCUUCGACAUGAUGCAGACGGAGUUCAGUCAUAGUAUGCUGAAUGGUGAUUCUGAAAGCCCCUUAAAAGACUUAGAAAGCGAGAUGAUCGACAAAGUGGACGUGUUAGUCGAACGGGGUUGUGGCGACACUGUAUGGCGGGCUCGCUUCGUAUCACUAUGUGGGGCACUGUGUAGCGCCGCCCCCCUCCCGCUACGAACCUGCGCCGCGCAGCUCGUAGCCGCCGCCGCCCGGCAGCUCGACGCCCUGCUACAGUACCGCGCCGCCUCGCUACGCUCCGCUACGCCGCACCGCAUGCACCUCACCACCUGCGUGCUAGACUUCUACCAGCAGAUCGAGCGCCCCCACAUGUAUAUACGCUAUGUUCACAAGCUAGCGCGAAUGCACUUCGCGGCCCAACAGUGGGCUGAAGCGGGCCUCUCUUUGCGUCUUCACGCGAAACUGUUACAAUGGAGCCAUGACCCGUUGCCGCCGCGGUUGAGACAUCCCAAUAUGGAACACGAUAGCCAUACUACUCAUCGGGAGUUGAAGGAAUACCUCUACCUAGUUAUAGCAGACUAUUUAAACCGCGGCCGCCAAUGGGAGUUAGCGGUCGAGAUAGUCAAAGAAUUAGUCUCAGUUUAUGAAGAAGAAGCACUAGGUUACGGACCUCUAGCUGACUUACAUACACAAUUAGCGAGUUUGUACGAAGCUAUGUUACGGACCCCAAGGUCUCAUCCGGGGUAUUAUAGAGUUGUUUAUCACGGGAAAGGAUUCCCGGAGCUGUUGAGGACGCCUUAUGGUUAUAUCUACCGCGGCAAUGAAUACGAACAACUGCAAGAGUUCAAAGACCGUCUGCUAGACGAGUGGCCUGAAGCUGAAGUGUUACCCAAGUUGGACCCGCCCGGACCGGAGAUUACCGAAUCUGAUGGACAGUACCUACAGAUAAACGCAGUAGAACCGGUAAUGGGGGAUAAACUGAAACGUUUAUCCGGCAAGCCGAUAGCCGAACAGAUAUUGCAGUAUUACAAGCAUAAUAAUGUCGAUAAAUUCGAAUUCUCCAGGCCUUUUCAUAGAGCAGAAGAAUCCCUGGAUGGUUCAUCAGACGACCUAUCGAAUCAAAACGAGUUCGCUACCCGAUGGCUUGAAAGGACUGAACUUGAAAUUAGCGAAAAGUUGCCAGGUAUUCUCCGCUGGUUCCCAGUAAGAUCGCAGCGAACAUACGAGGUAUCCCCCAUAUCGGCCGCAGUGGAAGCACUGAAGGAUACCAACAGACGACUCAAGUCGCUCAUCAUUGAGGCGAGAGGACCUGAUGCGCCGCUACAUCCGUUGACUAUGAGGCUUAGUGGUAUCUUAGACCCAGCGGUUCAAGGUGGGAUAGUGAACUACGAGCGAGCAUUCCUAACGCCGGCUUAUGAAGCAAGACAUCCCGACCACGCGGCCUUACUCGCUGAACUCAAGGACCUCAUUGCUGACCAGAUACCGCUGCUGAAGUUUGGGUUGGACGUACACGGUCAGCGAGCACCUCCCGAGCUAGAAGAGUUACACGCACAUCUGCUGCGCUGUUUCCGACGAGUGCAACAACAUGUUCAUCAACGAUAUGGACGGAAGAACUGUGACAUAGAAGUGGACUCACCCGAGGUGCAGCUUCGCAUGCCGUUCCGCGAUAGUUUCCAAAUGGAGAAUAACAACAAUAACAAUAAUAGGAUAUCCGACAUUUCUACCGGCACUGAGACUUCAUCAAAGGGAAGAUUUUUCAGCUUCAACGCCGCAAUUAAUCCUCUUUCAAGUAGAAACAGCAGCACCGGAGUUGUAAGUCGCUUUGCAACGCUACAAAAUUCACCAGGCAGACGGAAUAAAAGGAAUUUGAGAAAGAGUGAAGUCGGCACCCAAGCGAGCGGCAGCCAGUGGUACACCUCCCACUCAACACCGAACGGUUCCCUCAACAACAGCUCAACAACACUGACCAACAACAACUCAACAACUAGCGUGGCGACCGUCAACUCCGACACUUCAGCGUCCCCACUCCGGGAACUGCGGCAAGAGGUGAGACAACUUACUAAGCUGGUGACGGAACGUCCGCUCCGCGCGGAAGUGGAGCGCGAGCGACGCCUGUCGCAACGCACUAGCUUGAUCACCUCCUCCGCACCACCCUCGAAUCGAGACUCUAUGGGAACUACAGACUCAAAUCAAGAAGAGGAAGAGCCCCCACCCCUACCAAAGAAAUACGCCCACCGAAGCAUGGACCUUGAGAGCGAUACAAACAACAACGGGGAAUCGAACCCGCUCCCUCCCAGACACAACUACGACACCGUGUUUCCGCCGCGAGGAUCAUUCUUGUACAACUCUAUAGCUAAUAGAAGAAACACGAAUAAUGAGAAAGCCCCUACUCCACCUCCGAAGAAAAGAAACGCACAAUAAGGUUUUAUUCAGGUAUUUACAAGAUUCAUAUUACAAAAUAGAUAGAAGAAGAUAGAUAUUACAAGAUUAUUCUUACAACUGUCCACGAUGAAGACACAAUAGUUAAACAGUCGGUGUGUAUCACAUAUAUGCUCAUGGGACAGGGAAGUUAUUCUAAUUGGUUAUAAAUAGAGGUGAUUUUUGACCUUUAUUUUUAUGAGGCUUUAUGUCAAAAAUCCACCAUCUGUAAGCGAAACGAAUAGUUUAUUUUUAUAGUAGAUUGAAAAUUACAAUAAUAAGGUUUUGUCGGAUUCAAAUAUAGUGAUAUUAUGAGCGUCAAUAAUGAUUAGUAAGACGUGAACAAAGUAUUUAAAAUGGCUAUUUUAGAAAUAAAGAAAAAUUGAAUGACCUUAUUUAAAUUUAAAAAGAUUGUAUGGUUUAAUGACAAUUUUAAUUUUAACCAGUUUUGGCCAGUAUCUACACUCUGUACUAAAUGAACGCAUCAUUUGAAUAAGACACACAUUUUAUUCCAGCUAUGUUAUUUAAUUUGAAAGAUAAACAAUCAAACAGGCCUUUAAAGUAUUAAACUUUUUUGGGACUAACACAAAUUAUACUUGACACUAUCAGUGAGUCAUUUAUAUCUUCAAGACAAGUUAUAAAUAAAAACAACAAUGUUUAAUUGAUAAAGGACUCAUUAGUAAGCUAUACAAAAUUAGUCCUUAUUCCGUUUCAAUAGGGUUUAUUCGGGCUUAUUUAGAAAUGUUGCAUAGUUGUACACUGAACUUAUUAUACAGUUACCAAUCUUGGGAAAGUUUUGCUUAUAGCAGUGAAAUAUGUACUUUAUUAAUUCUGUAACUACAGCAAUUGAUAAAAUUAAGUAUUUUACCAGAAGAAGGGAAAGUGUAUGUGAACAAAAUGAUUUGAUAUGAAUUGCAUUUAAAUAAAAGUAAAACCUUUUUAUGGUGGUAGAAAAAUCUAGGAAAUACUUUCUUUAUGAUAUUUGAUAUUUUU